AUGUUUGCCGAACCGCAAAGCCCAGACAAGACUAUGUCAACUACAAUCCCUACAUUUGCAUAUGAAAGGGCAACGCAUGGUUCGAAUUAUUCACAGGGCCAGCGUUCGCAACGCUACCGAGCCGGUCGAGAGACGAACAAGGAAAACGGACACCGGCCGGAGGCGGAACGCACCACGUCGGAGGCGGGGCGCGGGCGGCGGGGCGGGGCUCCACUCGCGCUCAGUCCGCCUCGGGGCCGCGUCCGCGCGGUCGUCGCUCGUCACUCGCUGCGGCGCGCCGGAGUGAGUCCGCGGGUGCAGGCCGGCGGCGGCGAGCCUCGCGCCGCCCGCCCCCGCGCCGAUGUAGCCCGCAGUCGGAGUGCUCCUGCCCCGCGCCGCCCGCCCCCGCCUCGUCGCCGCGCGCGCAGUCUAGCCGCCCGCCCGCCCGCACCGCGUCUGCGACCCGUGUUCCUGUGGGCCCGCCAGCGAGACGGCACCGUGCAGGAGGUGCACUGCGAGGACUACGACCCGCGCAAUCGCAUCCGCAUAGCGCGCACCCCGGCCGGCUGGCGCGUGAUCCCGCGCACCGAGAUCUACAACUCGAUUCGCAUCCCUCCCGUGCAACCGCGGGACCGUAAGGAGCGGCGCCGGCGCCGACGAUCUGACGGCCCGCGUCGUCGUCGCCCGGCCGUCCCGGAGCCCGCACCUGCGUGGCUCCCCCCCGACCUGGAGUCGCACAUUCCCUCCCACACGAUAGCGGUGCCUCGCCAGCAGGUGCCCGAGCCGACACCGCUCGACAACCUGCUGGCGGUCGCCGAGCUCGAAUUCAACCAACAGCGCGGUGAAGAGGCGCUCGGGCUGGAUCUGCAGGCUGCCGUCCCGGCGCAUCCUCCCGCCGCCCCGUCUUACUCUUUCCUGCAAUCGGAAGAGGUAGCGCGGGACGUCAUGUCCUUUGAUCUGAGCGCAUCGAAGCCACCGGAAGCGAUGUAUUACGAGCGCAAGGCCCAAGCUCAGAACUGUACCGAAGACAGCGCUUACGGCGGCGACAUGAGCGUGCACAAGGAUCUGUUCGAUACGAUCAGUGAAGCGCACUAUUUGCCAGAGCUUGGAGGACCUCACGAUGAAGCAUUGCUAGAUUCGCUGGUCGAAAAAGGUUGCGAAGAUAACCAAAUCCUCGGACAGACGCUGGACAAACUCGCCCAUCUAGUUCACGGGGCCGCCGAGUACGCAGAGUCUGAGGAGGACAUGUUGUUAAAUAACGGUCCAGUCUCUGAUAUCAUCGACAGACUCGAACACUCACUCGAAUCACCGAGCCGGAGCAGCAUUACCGCUGCUCAGGGUCUUCUGCACCUUCACCACAUAGGCGAUCACCACCUUACCCAACCGGAGCAUCAAAGUUCCGUGGAGAGCUAUAUGUCGGAUGAAGUGUUUGUAGCGGAACCUUCCAGUGAUUGUGGCCUUCAGGCGCUUAGCGAAGCCUCCGUAAUGCAAGCGACUAACAACGUCAAUCACUACACUGACCCCAUAGAAAAGAGUAUACAUGACGACGUGGCGUCAUCCGACACGAUGUAUUCAGAACAAGUAUCUGAUUUACAAGAGAGCUAUGAAUCCGAAAAACGUUACGUAGAACCCCAGGGGUCGAUACCUGACCAAAGCGAUGACACAUCAACUGAGGACGAACCCAAAGACGCUACAUCACAAAAUAAAGACGAAGAUUGUCAGACCGACGGCGAGCUUGACAGUAAAAUUGAGGAGCCGGACAUAGACGACCAGCCUCCCGAUGAUGAGCCUAUUCUGAAUUUAGCUCAAGAACUAUCACAGGCGUCAACUAACGAUGAAAAUUCACCGACUGACUUAAGCGUUAAACAUGUCGAUAAAGAUAUACCUAAAGUAGUGGCUAGGGCAGCCGAGACCACACACGCUAUCGAAGACAAUUUGUCGGACAAGAGUGAUGAACAACCUAAAGAUCUAAGCGUACACAGAAGGAUGGCCACUCCGCACGCCUCACCGCGGAGGAUAGAAAUACCGCGAGCACCUUCGAGAGAAUCAGAUGCGAUGCAAUCUCCUCAGCCCAGUGGCAUACCGGCAGUGCCGUCGUCGCCGGAAAUCUUCACGAUGCCCGUGACAAAAAGUAAACAGGCUCUAUUUUUAGAAACACUACUUUCGUCUCCGUCACCUAAAAUGUAUACAUCCGAAGUUACGAUCACGAAGCAACAGUGCGAACCCUUGAAUUUAGGAAAACACAGGAAGUCAGCCAGCCCGACAGUGUCGAGCUGCUCGGAUGAAAUUAGGAAAAUUAACAAGGAAUUCGGCGAGCCUCAAGAGAAACGUAUAAAACGUGAAUCAACCGAGGACCUCGCUAAGAUAAAUAAAGUGUUCAACAAGUGCGGAGAAGUUAAACCUAAAAAGAUCGAAUGGCCCGCGUUCAAUUUCGACGACGACCCUAUCAAACAGCUACAGACUCUCAAAUCAAAUGCAGAUUAUAACGUUCCAGACCCGAUGUUGAUCCCGAAGGAUAAGUUAAAUUUGAUACUUGCCUCUCCCGGCAAAGAAAUAAUGAACUUAUUGAGUUCAAGGCCGGAAUUACAGCUCCCGGAGGCAUUCGCCUUUCCUGCCGUGCUGCAAGACCCCGAUGUACUCGUCAUAUCAUUAUCACAAUUAGAAACUAUUUUAGAAAAUCAAAAUAAGGGAAAAACAUCGCCCAAACCUAAAGAUCCUAAGCCGGCAUCGAAACCGACGCCGGUCGCUGAACCGCCGACAACGCCAUGCACCGAACCGUCUACCACUCCUCAACCUGACCAGCAGACGAGUCACCCAAAGCCGAUACCGUCGAUGGAUGCCUUAGCUGGGGACAUCGACGCCGCGACCUCGGCUGCACUCAACCACAUGCUGUGGCUACCUUACCUCACUCAAUUGGAGGCGGUAGCCAACUGUUCGCAGAGCUUAAAUUUCUUGAAAGCAUUAAAUUCCUCAGGAUACAACCCAUCGAAUUACGCAGAGUUGACGCAGAUGUUCAACCCGGCGUCUCGUUUCAUGGGGCCGUCCGGUUUCCCCAUGAUGCCUCCUAUGGAUUACGAUAACCGGUUACAGUUCGCUAUGUGGCAGGAGGCCAUGAACCACGCGAAUUCAGCUCAGCGCAGCGGCGGCAAAACGAACUCCACACCGGAUACGCAAAUGAAAGACGUAACUACAAAAAGUAAUGAUGUUCAAAAUCCGUACGUGCACUCGACGAAGAAUUAUCAAAAUAAAACGCAUUCGGCGGCGCGGACAAGCCCUAUCGCUCACAACUACAACCACGGCCAGCGGUCUAUGCCACAAAAUCCGUAUCUACAGAACAUGUACGCGGGGAUGAACCCGAACAUCAGGCCCAACGUGCCCCUGCCCGGCCUGCAGAUACCGUAUUUCAACCCCAACAUGAUGGGCAGCCAGAGAUCUCCGCGCACAACGCAACAGAAGAGCCCGACGUCGCCCUACUAUCCGAACAACAAUUAUUUGUCCUCAACGAAACAAGCGGAGGGCCAGAGCACGCGCAGUAGCAGUUCAAGCUCACAGGAAUCUCCACGGCCGCGGAUAACUGUGAAAUCGCUGCAUAAUUUGAUGGAGCCCAUGGUGGCAGCCGCGGCUGCGACCGCGUCCGGUGCGGGGGCCACGUCUCGGCGCAGCUCGAACACUCCAGCCGCGCUGGGCCGGCGCCGGGAAGAGCCCGAGGUCGGCAGCACCACGCCCCUCGGCGAGCCCCAGCCGCACAUACCGCCGCAUCCGCACGACCCAUCCUCCUUCCACUUAUGGCAUCCACUCUUCGGCAACCAAAAAAGCUACAACAGCCCGUGGAAUUGGACAACUGUGACCGCGACGGGGGACUGACCUAGGGCUCCGCGCGGUCCCCCUGCGCACCAUCACUGAUCGCAGCCGAUGGAGCGCCAGCCGGUCUCACGCGGAAUACAAAAACCUAUAAAUAAACAUUACAUACACCUAAACAACAAUACCAUAAAGACGUGAUUGAAAAAAAACAAAAAAAAAACGUUUUUUUUUAGUUAUGUGCUAUUUUAUUUGGUCCGUUAAAAACAACAAAGGCCCUAAGUGAAAAGUGGUUGAAUAUAUCUUCUUGGACGGAAACUAUAAGCGUAUUUUAAUAUCUACUUAGUGAUAAACUUAACGAAAAUAGAAUCUUUGUAAAGUUAUAUAAAACGUAACUGUAAUAGUGAACUAUCGUCGUGCAUUGUUUUCUCAUAUCGAUGUCUUAGUUGUGCGGAAAGCCUUAUAUGUUUAAUUUUUUUAAUGGAUUUUAUGACCUGGUAACCAAGACCUUUAGGUCAUGUCUUAUUUUAAUUAAUAUUCAUAUUUUUAUGAAAAUAUGGAGUGAAAUGAAAUGAAGAUGAUUAAUUUGAGACAUUGAUCAACUGGGAUGAAAUAUAAUCUCAGUAAAAUGGUGGUCAUUUACUAAGAUUUUUUCAGUGGACUUUUUGGAGGAUCCCGAGAAGUUACGUCCAGCGGCUUUGUUUCAUUUUCCCACAUUUGUGCACUUUCACCGACAUUAAACAGUUAAUAAACCACCAUUAUUACACAUUUAAACCCGAAGAAACACUAAAUAGACAUAAUAAAACAAAUCACACAACUUCACUCCUCGCCUUCCCGCCAAAAAGUCCUUAUAUGUUUAAUGAGACGGUAAACAAAUUCCACGGUUUUAAAUUGCACAAUUCAUACAUUCUUACUUCAUUGAAGUCGUAACAUGAAAUGUAAUUUUGUUACGUCACUUCAUUUCUUGGACUCUUUUCGAAGUAAACAUUUAAAAAAAAAAAUACUACUUACAAUUGACAAUUGAUUGUCUCACUGACCGCAUUGUCGCUACAAUUUCGCAAUACCUUUUAAAAUAAAACUGAUUAUUAUUGAAUUUUACUAUUCUGUUUGUAUAUUAAACUUAGGUAAUGUAUACUUACAUAAUGUUAAGCUCGGAAGGAAUCACAGAAUUUACAUCUAAAUCAUCCCUAUCUCAUUACUGUUAACUUAUGGUUCAACAAAAAAAAAAAAAAAACAAAUUUAUUGAUUACCUAAUACUUUUUAUAUCUUGUUUUCUUAUAAUUUAUUUGUUUCUAUGUUCAUUUAUUUUGUUACUGUUAAAUUUAUAUUGUUACGAUUAUGACGUAUUAUUAUUUUAAUUUAGUCAACAAAUCUCUACUGAAAACAUAGAAAUGUAUUUAUUUCUUUAUAUUCGAAUAGUAUUAUUAUAAGCUAUUAAAUAAAUAUUCGUUAUAAUGUUUAUUACAUUAUUUAUUAUGAUAAUUACAAAUUGAAUAGAAUGUUAUUAAAAUAGCAUGUCGUUGAAGCACACGUUGUUUAGUUAAACGGAACUACUUCUAUAUAGAGGUCGUCGAUGAACGAAAUUAUCCGUCCGUUGUGGAGUUCUCGGAGGCACCCACCCUGAGCUGGUCUGUACGAAUAUCUACCAAACAAUUGUUAAUUCCUUAAAUAAAUGGUCAAAACCAUUUUAAAUUAAAAAAAAAAAGAUGUGUGGUGUCGUGGGACACCGGAUAGGAACGAAGUUCCUUAUUAUAAAAAUAUUAAUUUUAAGUUCUAUUCGAGGUAUAAAGAAAAUAGUUAUUCGGGUACAUAUACAUUUUAUAUUAUGAUUUUUUAUUGAUUAAAAAAAAAACUACUUUACAAUGUUAUCAACUUUAUUUUAUUCACAAUGAUUUAUAAAAAAAAUAUAUAAUAAUAUACAAAGAAACAGCUACUUGUAUGAAUUAUAAUAAUAACCGUCGUCACGUAAACUAUACAUUAGACACUGUAUAGCCAUCAUACUAAGACUAUACAUAAAUAAUAAAAAUCUUACGUUACGGACGUUUUUUCCCGGUUAGGGUAAUCCCCUCCGCAUCUUCCCAUAAGGAACUUCGUUCCAAAAUUUUCUCUAUAUCCGGUGUGAUAGGUAUAGUAAUGACAUUGAUAUUAGGAGGAAUGGGAACGGGUCUAUCAUCGAUUCGCUCUCAAUCCUGUUCAGAAAAUUUUUAGCGAUUUGACUGCUAUGUAGGUCAACGGUGCACUGAAGUAAUUAUGUUGAUUACUCUCCUCGAUAUCCUUACUAAGGGCUGGAAUAUUUAGUAGACUCUGGGAACAACGAAUACUCAGACAUUAAGAAUGAAUCUAUUUUAUAAGAGACCUAAUAGACUAAAACAUACAUUAAAAACAAAAGAAGGCAAAGUUAGGCAAUCCAGGCGAUUAGUGACAAAAAAACGAUAUACUUACUUCAGUGCGCCGCGUAGGGCACCGGUGACCUACGUAGCAAUUAAUGGGUUAAAUGAUGUAUCCAUUGCAGAUAGCGUAAACAGAUAGUAAAUUAAUAGAUUUGAUUAUAUUAUUAAUACAAUGACCUAUUUGUGUCCCCUUGCACCAAAAUACAGGUUGAUUUAGGUCAGUGGUUCCCAAACUUAUUUUGUCUACAGCCCACUUUGAGAAUAAAUUAUUUUUUAGCGGCCCCAUUAUUUCUACCUACUUAAAAACCACUAUAGCGGGAGCUCAGUCGGUGUCUAACAGUCCUAGAUGAAAUUACAAAUCGCCUCCCAAGCCUCUACACAACGCCUCCAUUUUUUUCUAGGUCUAUUACCGCCUCCUAUUAAGCCUGAAGCGCCCACAAGGGGGCCGUUUUCACUCACUUUGGGAAAGGCUGGUUUAGGUUUACGCGACAUCCUUGGCCUGCACGCAAACAUUGACUGUCUGUAUUAGCCAUAUAAAAGCAGACGAAAACAAUUUAAGAUCGACCCCGGAGACUAAUCGCGACAUUCCUGAAUACGUCAAUCAGGAUGCUAACAAACAAGACAAUAGUGAAUCUCUAAAUUUUACUAAAUUUACAUUGACAGUGUUAGAUUUUUUCACAAUUCGAUCAGUGUACCUUAUUGUUAUCUUUUUAUCUUCUCGAUCGGGUAAAGUUGACUCAAAUUUGUAUGGAGUUGGAACAGCUUCCCUUAGUUUGCCGCUAGGGGCGCUGUUCCAACUCCAUGCAAAUUUGAGUUAACUUUUACCCGAUCGAGAAGUUAAAAAACUCCCACUAAGCGCACAGAUUCACGCAGCUUAACGAGAAAACAGUAUGUAGUGCAGAUGUUAUUACGAGUAUAACUGUUAGUUUCCGCAUGAGUAGAUGUCGAGAAUUCAGUAGUAGCGGCGCCGCGAGUCUAACGGGCUACCGUUACAUCUAUAACCAGCAGACGCGAUUCUGUGUUUCAUUGUUUUCUACGUCACCAUCAUUGGCCUACAAGACUCAAAGAAUUGAGAGAGAAAAAAACUACGUAAUUUUUUUCUAUUGCCCUUGUAGGCAUACGAGCAUACGGCCCACCUGAUGGUGAGUGGUUACUGUCGCCCAUUGACUUACGCAAUGCCAGGGGCAGAGCCAAGCCGCUGCCUACCGUUAAGUACUCUCCACUAGCCUCGUUUGAAGAAGGAUAUGUCAUAAAGCUCGGGAAACGCCGUGGAGGGGAACUCAUUCCAAAGCCGGAUGGUGCGUGGCAAAAAAAUGUCUGGAAACGCACUGUCGAUAAACGCAGUGGCUCCAGGUAGUAGGGAUGAACUGUACUUCGGUGGCGGGCGGUGCGAUGAUAAAAACGAGAUGAAGGUAUCAUCUCGAACAAUUCCUCAGAGCACUUCCAAUGUUGCACCAAAAAACCUUUCACCCUUCGAUAUAUUUUUUACCUAUUUAUUUAAAUAAAAAUGAAAUUCUGUUUGUUGGCAAUCUUGGUAAUAUAUCAUCCGAGGUUUUACAAAAAAAAAAAUGGAAUUGAUUAUGAUCUCUUUUUAGGUCAAGUAGUUAGCAAACACAAUCAUAAAGUUUAACUUGAAAGAUGUUUGUGUUCGCACAGACCAGUUCAUCGCGUAAGCGUGCAAUGAUAACGGAAUUGCUUACUCUAAUUACUGCCCACCUGUCUCGAGUGUUUGAUGAUUGAGCACACAAGCACAACUAGUGCACAACAUCUGCACGUUGCUGUUGGAAUUCGCAUUUCUCUUAAACAUAUAUUCGUCUUAAUCAGACGGUAGUCUAGAUCAGGGGUGGCCAACCGGUAGAUCGCGAUCGACCGAUCGAUCGUGGCAAAAUAAAAAAAUAUAAAUACAUAGAACAGACUGCGCAACGUAAUCACCAAUUGCUGCACGCAUCAUCUCCAUCUUGUAUCAUUUGUUAAUAAACAUUACGUCACAUUAUAAAUUAUUUAUUCUCUCUUCCACACAAUAGUUCUCUUUUAUUAAAUAUUUACAGCUUUAUGUUAAUCUUUUCAAUAAAUGAAAAUAUAAUAUUUAUUUGUAUACAGUUUUUUUACGUCCUCGAUUGCGUAAAAGUUAACCCAAUUUUGUAUGCAGUUGGAACAGCGCCCCUAACGGCAAAGGAAGGCAUACGAUUCCAUUCCAUACAAAUAUAAGUUAUCCUUUACGCUAUCGAGAACGUUAAAAAACUCGCACUAAGCACACUGAACUACAUUGUUUCAUUAAAUUUCAAAAAAUGUCAUUAAUAAAUUGUAGAGUGUUACAUCAGUAAACAGUAGAUAUUAGUUCUAAUCAAGCUGGCCACCCCUGGUCUAGAUGUAGUUUUAAUUGAAAGUACCGCCAUCUAGUUUCUAGUUUGACAACUACACAUAAAUAAUGAAGUUUAUUAAAAUUUAUAAAUCUCGGUGUAUUUUAGUUAUCGAAUACCGACAAAAUCAUAUAUUUAAUGUAAAUGCGACAAAAUCGAACUCGAUUGUAGGUGUGUGCGUGUAUUAGAAAAUAUUUUUAUUGUUUAAUUAUGGUAAAUUCGGCGCGUAGGUAUUUCCAAAUGAGUGCAAUCACUGUAAUGUUGGACUGUAUGUAUUUUGUUAUUGUAGUUAGACAAGUGACGUUUGAUGCAUUUAUUUUAUAUACGUGGUAUACAAUACAGGUUGAAUUUUAUUUACUAUAACAGCACAUUCAUGGCCUGAGUUGAGUACAAAAUAGUUCGAGCUCUAGAUAACAUGCGGCGUUGAAAAACCUUUUCAUUACAAUUUUGAAAUUCAACCUGUAGAAUUAAAAUAUUUAAGUACGUCGACACAACAGUAAUUAUAUUCUCACUGUUGUUCAUAUUUAAUUCUGGUUAAAAUGAGAACCUUAGCAUAUCUGACAGAAAUAAUAAUACUUUAAUGAUCCAUAAAUAUUUUUAUUAAUUAACUUUACCUAGUACAUAACUUUUCAAUUGUCAAAAUAUUACAUUGUAAAUAAAGUAAAUACAAUAAAAUAUAGUUUUUCCUCUCAUUUUAGCCAGUUACAAAGUCUGUGUUAGCAUCAAAAUUAUAAUAAUACAUUAAUAUUACCUAUAAAAUUAAAUAAAAAAAUCGUGUUCUUAUGACUACUUAGAAUAAAUUUUCAGUCCUGUGCAAUAAUAACAGAUGGCGCUGUAAGGUUGUAACUUUCUAGUUUCUACUUUUAGUGAUAAUAGUUGACCUUUUUUGUAGGUAGUCAUACGAGCAUGUUAAUGUUUGUAAACAUUUUUAUUAUUAAAAAAAAUCUAUUUAUUUCGUUAUUUUUAAGUUUACGAUGAUUUUAAUUGUUCUCGUUAGUUUCCUUGGGAAUAUUUAUCAAUUAGUAUUAGUAAGUACGAAUUUUAUUAUUCACAUAAAUUUAUGGAACGGGGAUCUUUUAGCGCCAAAAUGUAUUCUCGUAAUUCCAAAUAAGCAUCAUUGAAUAUAAAUCAUAUUAAACUCAUUCUAUGGAUAACAGUACGUGUACAUAUCUUAAAAAAUCUUAUUUUCGUCUUUCAAAUCGCCUAACUUGAGGUUGGAUACUCAACGAACGUGUUAGAGUUUAUACUUCUUUCACAUAAAUACGGAAUGUUGUGUUUAAGAUGUUUUUUGUUGCAGAAGUUGGGCGGCCGUACCAAUGUCGGCAAAUGUCAUCACGAUCGAGAAUACUGCUGUGUUACGUAAUUCUUUUGUCGAUUAUAGAAUUUUUUAUUGUCAGUUUUUGUAACAUUUCUCCUUAUAUUAUUAUAAUCAGAUUUAGUUGGUACGUAGUACGGUUCAUUCGGUAUCGGUCAAAUUUUACUACCAAAUCUAUUUUAAAUGACUUUUCACUACUGUACAUACCUGGUAACAUUAAAACGCAUUAAAUUAUUAAUUUAUCGGUCAAUUCCAGCUUAUGUUUUCGUUGAUCAUGGCGUCAUCUAUUGAAAAACGAAACGCAAAAAGAAGUAUAACCUCAAACAGUUAAUGUUGCCACUCUGUAAAAUUAAAUUGAAAUUCGGUUUGAAUCCCCGUUUGCUAUUAAAAUACCGUUGUUGAAUUAUUAUUGUUCGUGAUUUUUCUCGAUUAUUCCAAAAUUUUUGUCGUGAAUUUUUUUGACUUGACUAAAUGAAAUAACGCUUCUAAAGUGUAUUACGUCUGUAAAUAUAGUACGAAACUAAUACUUUAUUGUAAUAGUGAAUGUUGUAAUUUGUAUAUAGGUAACGAAAAUUAAAUUUUAAAUACAUAGAUAAAACUGUGA